AUGGCUACAGUCACUGUGGAAAAGCUCCGCGAGAGCCUGGUCUCAGAGGCAACCCCCCUGCCCGUCCGCUUCCGCGCCCUCUUCUCUCUGAAGCACCUUGCUGUCACGGACAAGAGCGCGGCAGGCCCCGCCAUCGAGAGCAUCGCGGCGGCGUUUGCAUCGCCCUCUGCCCUGUUGAAGCACGAACUCGCCUACUGCCUGGGUCAGACUGCUAACGAUGCUGCUGUUCAACCCCUACGCAGAGUUUUGUGCAACCUAGAGGAAGACUCCAUGGUGCGCCACGAGGCCGCCGAGGCCCUCGGUGCCCUGGGCCAUACUGAGAGCCUAGAGCUGCUGAAGCAGUUUCGUGAUCGCGAGGGCGAGGAUGUCUCUGUCGUGGAGACUUGUGAAAUCGCGAUUGAUCGUAUUGAAUGGUCCAACUCCCAGGAUAGACAACAGGAGACGCUCAAGCAAAGUGACUUUGCAUCCAUCGAUCCUGCCCCUCCGGCCGACGAAACCGAACAAAAUGUCGAGGAGCUUGGAAAACGGCUCAUGGACGAAAAGUUACCGCUGUUCCUUCGUUACCGCGCCAUGUUUUCGCUCCGAGAUCUGGCAUCGCCACCUGACCUGCCGACCGCCGUACCAGCCGUCCUUGCACUUGCCAAGGGUCUCGCCGAUCCUUCUGCACUCUUCCGUCACGAGAUCGCCUUCGUUUUUGGUCAGCUCUCACAUCCUGCUUCGAUCCCAGCCCUGACAGCAGCGCUCAGCAACGUUGACGAGGCAAGCAUGGUACGCCACGAAGCCGCCGAGGCUCUUGGCAGUCUUGGAGAGGAGGAGGGUGUUGAGGAUAUUCUGCGGCCUUUCCUCCAUGACAAGGAGAAGGUGGUGCGCGAAAGUAUAAUCGUUGCGCUCGAUAUGGUCGAUUAUGAGCAAAGCGGAGAGGCUGAAUAUGCGCUGAUCCCAGAAGUCGUUGGCACUUCGGCUUAA